AUGCCCAUCGCCACGGUUCAAGGCGUUGUGUCCCAGCACCACCCACCUGCCAAAACAAAUGGAGUGUGCAAUCCUACUUGGUUGCCCGCCCAAGUAAAGGACGUCAAGCCGAGAACCACUUUCUCCUUUGAUACAACAGAGGAGGCACUGGAUGCAUUCGCGCGGGGUGAAGCCAUUGUUGUCAUGGAUGACGAGCGAAGAGAGAACGAGGGUGAUAUCAUUAUUUCCGCGAGUCAAUGUUCUGUCGAAGCGAUGGCAUGGAUGAUCAAGCACACGAGCGGGUACAUCUGCAUCUCUCUUCCUGAGGAGCGCCUUAACGAGCUUGAAAUCCCCAUGAUGGUCCCUAACAACCAGGAGCGACACAAAACCGCUUACACCAUCACCGUAGACUAUAAACAUGGCACUACAACGGGCAUUUCCGCCCAUGACCGAUCUCUCACCGUGCGCAAAUUAGUCGACCCCACUUCGACUGCGUCUGAUUUCAGUCGCCCGGGGCAUAUGGUUCCUUUGCGAGCACAGAAAGGCGGUGUGCUGGAACGCAGGGGUCAUACGGAAACUGGUGUCGAUUUGUGCGCCCUCACCAAUCAACCUCUAGGGGGUGUAUUAUGCGAGCUAGUAAAUGACGAUGUGUUGGGCACCAUGGCACGGCGCGACGAUUGUAGGGCGUUUGCCGACCGAUGGGGCCUGAAAAUGAUCAGCGUGGACCUGUUGGUGCCGUACAAAAGAGCCAUGGCGAGUAUGGAUGAAAGGAGUAUUGGAGUCGGGAUAAACUAA